UUGCUCCCAAAGCAACCCAAUAAUAUUCCCAUAUAUCAACUAAACACUAUACAGUACUCGUUCACUCAUUCUCCCUGUGCUUUUAUUCACAGUUGAACUUCACUUUCUCUAGUCCCCAUGAAUUCCUUGCUCAGCAAAACAAAUACUAUUUAUGUUAUUAUAAGCUGACAGUUCUCUUUUCUUGGGUCUUCACUGUUGUCCCUCUUUCUCAUGCACUGCGAUUUCCAAUGGAGAUUUUCCAGUGCUUGUCUUACAAUCUUCUUCUUGCUUCCAUGUUCAUCUUUGUGGUCUCAGCCAUUGAUCCCUUCUCGGAGGCACUUUUGAGUCUAAAAUCUGAGCUUGUAGAUGAUUAUCACAGUUUGAACGACUGGCUUCUGCCUUCUGGAGGGAAUGCACCUGGAGGAGAAGUAUAUGCAUGUUCUUGGUCUGGCAUCACUUGCAACAAGAACAGUACCAUUGUUACUGGUUUAGACCUUUCUAUGAAGAAUCUUGCUGGUGUAAUUACGGGGAAGCAAUUCAAUGUCUUCACUGAUCUUGUUAAUCUCAACCUCAGCCACAACUUUUUCUCUGGGCCGCUUCCUGUGGAAAUUUUCAACCUCACCAGUCUAAGAAGCUUAGCUAUCAGGAGAAACAAUUUUUCUGGCCACUUUCCCAGGGGGAUAUCUGGUGUCAGGAACCUGGGCCUGUUUGAUGCCUUCAGCAACAGCUUUUCAGGGCCAUUGCCAAUUGAAGUUUCCCAGCUUGACAAUCUCAAGGUUCUUAAUUUAGCUGGGAGUUAUUUCAAGGGACCAAUCCCAUCAGAAUAUGGUUCUUUCAAGAGCCUUGAGUUUCUUCACCUGGCAGGAAAUCUUCUGAGUGGUAAUAUACCACCAGAACUGGGUAAUCUAAAAACAGUCACCCAUAUGGAAAUUGGCUACAACACUUAUCAAGGAAGUAUUCCAUGGGAAUUGGGAAACAUGAGUGAGCUCCAGUAUCUUGAUAUUGCUGGUGCAAAUCUCUCUGGCCCAUUACCAAAGCAACUCUCCAAUCUCACCAAGCUGCAAUCAGUUUUUCUAUUCAGAAACCAGCUCACAGGAUUGAUACCAUGGGAGUUGGGCAGAAUCAUGCCUCUCACAGACUUGGAUCUUUCUGAUAACCAAAUUUCUGGGCCUAUACCUGAGAGCUUUGCAGAGUUGAAAAACCUGAGACUCCUCAGUCUUAUGUACAAUGAGAUGAAUGGUACUGUCCCUGAAGGAAUUGCAGAACUUCCAUCACUGGAAACUCUUCUUAUAUGGAACAAUUUCUUCUCUGGGUCACUUCCUCAUAGCUUGGGCAGAAACUCCAAACUCAAGUGGGUGGAUGUUUCCACAAACAAUUUCAUUGGCAGCAUUCCACCUGAUAUAUGUUCGGAAGGCAUGCUAUUUAAGUUGAUCUUGUUUUCGAAUCAAUUUUCGGGCAGUCUCUCACCAUCUCUCUCAAAUUGUUCUUCACUUGUUCGUCUUCGACUUGAAGAUAAUUCAUUCUCAGGUGAAAUCCCUUUGAAAUUCAGCCAUCUUUCUGGUAUCAGUUACGUGGACUUAUCCAGGAACAAGUUUACAGGUGGGAUUCCGGCAGAUAUUUCCCAAGCUUCCAAGCUUGAGUACUUCAAUAUCUCUAACAACCAAGGAUUAGGAGGCAUCGUCCCUGCAGAAACAUGGUCUUUGCCACAUCUUCAGAACUUUUCAGCAUCCUCUUGUAGUAUCUCAGGCAAUAUUCCUCCAUUCCAAUCUUGCAAAUCCAUUUCUGUCAUCGAACUGAACAUGAACAAUUUAUCAGGAACUGUCCCAAAAAGUGUUUCUAAUUGCCAGCUUCUAGAGAGGAUGCAUUUAGCAAACAAUAAUUUGUCAGGCCAUAUACCUGAAGAGCUUGCAAUUCUUCCUGUUCUUGGUGUCCUAGACCUAUCACACAAUAGUUUCAAUGGCCCAAUACCUGUGAGGUUUGGUAGUUCUACAAGCUUACUACUGUUGAAUGUUUCUUUCAAUGAUAUCACCGGUUCUAUUCCUUCAGAAAAGUUGUUUAGAUCAAUGGGUAGCAGUGCAUUUGUUGGAAAUCCUCAGCUAUGUGGAGCACCACUGCGACCAUGUCCUGGUUCAAUUGCAAUAUUGGGAAGCAAAGGCACAGGGAAGCUUACAUGGGUCCUGCUACUGUGUGCAGGGGUGGUUAUAUUCAUUGCAGCAUCAGUGCUUGGUAUAAUUUAUUUCCAAAGAGGAUUUAAAGGCCAGUGGAAGAUGGUCUCAUUUCAUGGACUCCCUCGAUUCACAGCAAAUGAUGUUUUGAGGAGCUUCAGUUCUACAGAAUCCACAGAAACAAUGCAAGCACCAUCAGCUUCAGCUUGCAAAGCAGUCCUGCCCACAGGCAUAACAGUUUUGGUGAGGAAAAUUGAAUGGGAAGCAAAGAGAAUGAGUGUCAUGUCAGAAUUCAUAACACGUAUGGGAAAUGCAAGGCACAAGAAUUUGAUUAGAUUACUGGGAUUUUGCUACAACAAGCACUUGGCUUAUCUUUUGUAUGAUUACUUGCCUAACGGGAAUUUGGCUGAGAAGAUGAGAAUGAAAAGGGACUGGGCAUCCAAGUACAAAAUUAUUGUUGGGAUUGCAAAGGGACUUUGCUUCCUUCAUCAUGACUGUUAUCCAGCAAUUCCUCAUGGAGAUUUGAAGUCAAGUAACAUAGUGUUUGAUGAAAACAUGGAACCCCAUUUGGCAGAGUUGGGUUUCAAAUAUCUGGUACAGUUGAAUAAAGGUUCAUUUCCAACAGCUUCCAAGAAGGAAACAGGUGAAUUCAACAAUACCAUAAAAGAGGAGCUUUACAUGGAUGUUUACAACUUUGGAGAGAUCAUUGUGGAAAUUUUAACAAAUGGGAAGUUGACAGAUGCGGGGACAAGCAUACACAGCAAGCCAAGGGAGGUUCUUUUAAGAGAAAUUUACAAUGAGAAUGAAGCUGAUUCUAAACCCUCUGUGCAAGAGGAGAUAAAACUUGUUCUUGAAGUUGCCUUCCUCUGCACUAGAAGUAGGACAUCUGAUCGGCCAUCAAUGGAAGAUGCACUGAAGCUUUUAUCUGGGUUGAAGCCACAAGAUAAUGACAGAACUUCUAAAGCAGGAGGACUAUAAUCUCAGUUACACAUUACCAUAUUUAAGGACAUAAAAGAUAUAGCAAAUAGUUAGCUAAUAAGAGUGUCUGUUUGUAGUUAAUUUGUUCUAUAGCUUGCUUUUUGUGAUAAUUAUUAGAACUGUUUUGCUUUAUAAUAGUGGCCUAUAAGGUUUGUGUACCCUCCCACCCAUCUUAUGGGUUUUGAGGGACUUAUUUUGUUUA